GGAGUCGACAGCAAGCAAAUUAAAAGAAAAGGAUUUUCGCAUAGUGAAAAACUCUUUAUCGCAUGAACUGUUCUAUCAUGUCCUGGUGGAUAUGCAAUAGAAAAUACUAAGUGUGUGAACUGUCACCCUGGUUAUUAUGGUGAGAAUUCUGUAUGUGAGCUCUGUUACCAUCAAACUUAUGAAGCUAAUUUUGCAUCCAGCUCGUGUACGAAUUGUCCGAUGUUCCACAUGUCUGAUGUUGGUGCAAAGUCAUUAGAUGAAUGUUCAGCUGGGAUUGCUAUUUAUAUUUGCCUAGCAGUUGCAAUUGUAUUGGUUGUAGUCAUCUGUAUUAUUGUGGCUGUCUACCAGAUUAUUAUUAGAUGUUGUAAAGGAAGCGCUCACUAUAUCCAUCUUCAAACUAUGAAAGACACUGUAGCAAACUCUCUAGCUACUGCUACAGAGAAUGUGAAGACAGCGGCUGAUGACCUAACAUUCAAAGCUGAAAUGGCCACUGUUGAGGUCAAAGACAAGAUUAAGAAAUCGCGGAACCCAUUCAAGAGAAAGAAGAAGAAGAAGCAGAAAAAUAUAUUCUCAUUUUUUGACAAAAAGAGUAGCCAGGAUUCCAACGUGUACUACCAAGAAGGUUACUAUGAUGAGAAAAAUCUAUUUCAUUACUAUGACGACUCUGCUCAUUACUUUGAUGAGCAUGGUAAUCAGUUUGAUAUUGAUUUUGAGCAUCAACAUCAUUUUUUCAACCCAAACGAGAAACCACAUCACCCUGAAGACGGUUUAACAAAUACGGAGCUUCAACCUUCAUCUGCAGGGCGUCCUGUUCCUCCUCCACCUCCUUCAUCCAGACCCCAAUACCCCACUGAUGAACAGACUUCAUCAACUGAUGAUGUAUUCCAGUCACUUCCUCCACAGAGUCCCCCUACAGACCCACCUGCAUCGGAUUGGUAA